ACUUGAAUUAACGAGUCGUGCUCCUGCAUGUAUGCGCACUUCUGCGCUAGGCUAAGUUCAAUCGUUCUUACGUCUUUUCUAACGUUUAUAUUCAAUCAUGAAUAACGGGGAUGAAAAUAAUGGAUUGUCUCGAAGGAUGGACAAAAAGGGUUCGGCAAGCAUUAUAUGGCUCGAAAAAAAUGAAAAUCUUACCCAGGGACAAGAGGGAUGGAUAAGUUGCGGAAGAUAUGCAUUAGUUGUCUUCAAUAUGUUAUUUUUCAUUCUGGGAGCUUUCCUGGUAUGCUACUCAGUUUGGUUUACUUUUGUACCAGCAAACCAAAAUCUCAUGUCGAUCGUUGCAUCUGGUAUGACUCGAAAUAAUAUAGAAAUUUGUAUGUAUAUAAUUGGAGCUACUGGCGUGUGUACAGUUCUUCUGGCAUAUCUUGGGUGUUGUGCUGCAGUUUCAAAUAACAAGUAUAUUUUGGGAUUGUUUUUCCUCUUCUUGGUUGUACUCUUCGUUCAGCUUGUAACUGUCGGGGCUUUGAGCGUCUGGUUGAGAUUUGAGGUCAAAGCUGAUAUCGAUUAUUAUAUGAAGAAAUCGUUAAUGGAAAUGUAUUUGGGUGACAACGCUGUCAAUCAGCAAUCUGUUGCUUGGAAGUCAGUUCAAAGUGGGUUGAAAUGUUGUGGUUUCAACUCGAUCGAAGGAUACAAAGAUUUUUCAAAUGUUUCUGGAAAAUAUCCCGAUGGAUCGAAAUGGUGGAUUUUACAAACCAACAAUCCUAAAAAAGACAGGUGGCCAGACAGUUGUUGUAUCAAUCGCCAUAGUUUUUUGUCGAAUGAAGAUCGAAUAAAAUGUCACCUUGACACAUCUAAACCUGAGGAUGUUAUUUACACAAAGGGAUGCAGAGAUAAAGUGGAAUCAUUUAUAAAUGAGAACUUGCUUGUUGUUACUGCAAUGGCCAUUUUACUGGCAUUAAUAGAGAUUGUUCACUUUACCACUGUCAGACAGUUGGAAGCUGCUCUGAGUGUAGUCAGACGUCCGUCGGUAGCAACGAUGUUUUCAGUGGAAGACCAGCCAAAAUCGAAUAAACAAUUAUAAUCACUUAUGUCACUCAAUUGUGACCUUGCUGCGGCAGUGUCGCUCAGUGCCAGCAAAGAUUCAUGUAUUUUAAAUCAAUUUGAUAAUCUUCCUUGCCGUGAAACUAUUUUCUAGAAUGUAUGUCAUGACAGAUACAGAACCGAAAGUAUCUGAUAUAUAUUUUACGAUAUUCAAAUAAAGUUUAAUAUUAUCCA